AGUCUACAUGAAGGGGAAACCAUAACACCUUGAAUAUUUCAGACAUUCCUUGUGUGAUCCAACAUUUUACCCAAUAAAAAGUGUGAUCGCCACAAGUCAUGUCCACAAAAGUAAAGAUACUAUCAAUUUUACUGUGCCUGGCAGUUUCUGGCUUUGUCUAUAAGGCUGCUAACAGAAAGACGGUUGUCAAGUUCAUACCAUUUUUAUUUGAUACAAAGAUUACUCCUGAUGACGUCUUAUCUGCAGCCCGUAUUAACCCCAAGAAGCCUGUGGCUUUCUUCAUGAAAGGGUUACCUGAUAUUAACUCAGUAGAAGAACACACCCUAGCACUGAACAGUUUCCCAACCCUUGCAACCUAUAAUAAUAUCUACCUUUUCCCCCUCCGGAUGGAGAAUUUGCUUACCGAUACACCCCUUCUGCCUUGGUAUGACAAGGUUAAUCCAAAGAAUGAAAUCCAUUGGUCUCAUGUCAGUUCAGAUGCCUCCAGGUUGGCACUGAUGUAUAAAUAUGGUGGUCUUUAUAUGGACACUGAUAUCAUAUCAUUAAAACCUGUUCCAGAAAGAAACUUCCUAGUUGCUGAGAGCUCUCGAAUCUCCAGCAAUGGUGUUUUUGGGUUUGAUUCUCAUAGAGACUUCACUUGGACAUGCAUGGAAGACUUUGUCAAGAAUUAUAAUGGAGCAAUCUGGGGACAUCAAGGACCAGCCCUUUUCACUCGAGUCCUAAAGAAAUUUUAUUGUGAUAUUCCUCCAUUCAAGGGUGAUGAAGAUCUCAAGUGUGGAAACAUCUCAUUCUUAAAUCCUCGACGAUUUUAUCCAAUUGAGUGUCAGUACUGGAUGAAGUUCUUUCAAGUAUGGAAAGCCAUUCCAACUUUCAAUGAGUCUUAUGCUUUGCAUCUCUUUAAUUAUGCCAAUCGUGCUGAGCGUAGGGUAAUGGUUCCAGGAAGCAACACAUUGGUGGAACAUCUUUACAUACAGAAUUGCCCUGCUACUUAUCAAGCUGUUAAGGAGAAAAAAAGUACCCACCUUACUAAUGUACUAUAAAUACAAAUAAAUAUACAGCAUACAAAUGGGAUCUUUUGCUCAGAAUGCUUGGGACCUGGGGUUUUGUGGCUAAGGAUUUUUCCAUGAUUUGGAUCACCAUAUUUUAUGGUGUUCAUUUAUUAGGAAAAAAAAUCUGAAUACCAGAUUUGUGUCGUAAUGUGAACCGACAUAAUUUACAGGGUAUUUGAUGAUGGUGAUUGGUUUGAUUUUAUCUUUAUUGUUGGGAUAAUUAUGAAAGACUAUAAAUGAGUCAGUGGGCAGAUCCAUUCUUUUAAAUUUGUAUCACAAAAAUUUAAUUUUCUAGAGAAAAAAAAAAAUUCUGAACAUUGUGCAACAUUUCUGCUAUUUGAAUACUUUUUCACAAUUUUACACUCCUGUCUGAAUUUUAAGCAGACUUACACAUUUUUGGCUUAUAGAAUAGAAUUACCUGGGCAAAGCACAAUUUUAAUGGUAAAAAAUGCAGAACAAGUAUAAGGUUAUAAUUUGCAUUGUAAGAGUGUGCCAAACUAUUUUCCAUACUAACCUCCCUUUCCAUAAGUUGUUAAUAUCUGCUAUUAUCUGAAUACAAGAAGUAUUUUAAAUAUGUGCUAC